UUUAUUGGUCUGUGAUUCAAACACCAGGGUAGGAAAUGUAUGCGAGGCUGUUAGACUUCUGUGCCCAAAAAUUAGGGCUUUUUUUGUGAAGUGAAAAGAGUUUUGUAAAGUGCGAAUAGGUACAUGGAUGGAGAUGGAGGUUCGGCGAUCGCCACCGUCGGAAGCAUCGACCUCAGCCGUGGAGGCAAUCCGACGGCGGUGGUGGAUCUGACGGGUCAGGUCCAUCAGCUCCCCUGCUGCGUCAAGUACGAUGGACCUUGCUCUGUUGCUCACUACUUCAAACCCAAACCCACCGGUAUGGAGGUGGAGGGUCUGAAAAUGGAGGAAGCUUACUUCAGGGGAAGGAAGUUGCAAGGCACCACUCUUCCUCUUCCCCAAGGCUAUUCUGGCUUUGUGUUAGGAAAGAAGAGUGCUGACAAAAGAAAGACCUCUGAUAAGUGGGAAGAAAACUCAAAUUGUUGGGAGAUGAAUGCAAAUUUUCAAAGCAUAACAUUUUGGAAUCACGACAAUCUUCCCUCACAUGAUGAUGCUUUCUUGCGAUGCUUACAUUGGUUGACUGUCGCAAAUGCUCUGCAUCAGCCAGUGACAGCUGAAGAUUUGGAAUCCGCUUCUACUACACAAGAAAAUUAAUAGGCUGACUUGAAAUUGAGGGCAGCUUCUUGUUGUCUGCCAGAAUUGCAAUUCAUCUCUCUUGCUUUGGCACAUAAUAAAUUGAAGUUCAGAAAAUCCGUCUGUGCCCCUCUGCACGUGCCGACACAACCACAUGCAUUGAGAAGAAAUUUGCUGAUGUUUUCGAACUCCAUGCACUGGCUGUGAGGUUAGAUGGUCCAAACUCUGCAUCAUAUUUUCCAGUGUCUUGAUCUGUCAGGCGAGACCCAUUCUUGCUGGUUUUUUUUUUUUUCCUCUUAAAACCCUGAUUAUGAACUCCUAACAAAGAUUUUGUGGGUACCUUUGUUAAAUGUAAGCUUGUAUUAAGAUUUUAUUUGGAAAUGUAACCAUCCUUGCCUCAUUUUUGUCAUCCACUAAAAACCCAUAUUUUUCGUUGUGUUGAUAUGUGAGGCAUGACCACUCUUGCUUUUAUUUAUUUA